AUGGACAUACCGACGGACGUUUGGGGCCAGUUGGCCCUCGAGGCCAGUCAAGUGUAUUUGACUGAAGGAGGACAAAUUAGAAGUCCAUUCGCCGCCACGACCAUAGAGAAGCUGCCGGAUAAAGUGCUGCUCAACAUAUUCUCCUACCUGAGCCACCGCGAGAUAUGCCGCAUGGCGACAGUCAGCAAGAGAUGGCGGAUGGUGGCAUACGACACUCGUCUUUGGACGCAUGUCAGUCUGCGACCCGAGAUUUCCGGUUUGCACGUCGGUUCUCUCGAAUCGCUCUUGGCUUUAAUCUCAAUAAGAUUCGGCCCAUCGCUACGGUACAUCGAGUUGCCCAUUGAGUUGAUUACUCACACAGUACUCCACGAGCUGGCUGCGAAGUGUCCGAACUUGACUCACAUGCUCUUGGAUUUUAGUACAGCUAUGCAACUUCAUGACUUUUCGGAGAUGCAGGCGUUCCCAACGAAGCUUCGGUACCUCUGCAUCUGUCUGUCCGAAGUGAUCUUCAUGGAGGGCUUCAUGAGGAAGAUUUACAACUUUAUUAAUGGACUGGAGAUAUUGCAUUUAAUAGGCACAUAUGAGAAGGUGGAGGAGGAAGAGGAGGAGAUAUACGAGGUGAUCAACGUGCACAAGCUGAAGUCGGCGACGCCCAAUCUGCGAGUCAUCAAUCUCUACGGGAUCAACUUCGUGGACGAUUCGCACAUAGACGCGUUCAGCUCAAACUGCAUACAGCUGGAGUGUUUAGCUGUGAACUACUGCAACAAAGUCACGGGCUCCACAAUGAAGACGCUCUUCCAGAGGUCUCGAAGGCUCACGUGCCUACUCAUGAACGGCUGCAGCCUCCAGUCGGAGCACGUGAUGCAGGUGGAGUGGGAGAAGUCCUCGAUCCAGGAGCUGGACGUGACCGCGACCGACCUCUCCACCGAGUGCCUGAUCGACAUGCUCAGCCGCAUCCCGAACCUCCGCUUCCUCAGCGCCGGCCAGAUCAACGGCUUCAACGACUCGGUGCUCAAGGCCUGGGCCGAGGCGGGCACCGCGCGGAACCUGGUGGCGCUGGACGUGGAGUCGUCGGACAACCUGACGGACGAGGCGCUGCACCGGUUCCUGUCGCGGCACGGCGGCCAGCUGUGGGCGCUGGCGCUGGCCGGCAUGCCCCACAUCACCGACCAGCUCUGGCAGAGCGUGCUGCAGCUGCUCACCAACGCCAAGAUUCUCAUAAUGGGGACACAAGAGAGACUCGGGAUAAAUAUUCACGUGGAUCAGUUGAUGGACGGCAUAGCGAACAGUUGCCCCAACCUGGAGCGGCUGGAGCUGCGCUGGGACCCUGAGAACCUGCGCUUCAGCGACAAGAGCCAGAAGGCCAUCGACAUCCUGCGCGUCAAGUGCCUCAAGCUCAAGUGCCUCGUCCUCAGCGACGGCCGCUACUACGAAAUAGUGAAGGCGAACUUCGAGCGCGCCGACCGCACCACCGUGGUGCGCACUUCGACCAACUGCCGCGUCUCCAACUACUACAUGCUGUCCAACUACAAGGACCUCAUAUUCAAU